AUGUGUGAGGCCUUGGAAGACAAAGAUGUUGCCUCCAUGAGCAGUAAUAGUGGGCAAGAGCACGACAAUGCCGCCAACAUGCUUGAUGCCAAAACACCAACAACAGAGGUUACAGUGAGGGACUACCCUCGCUGUCCCUUUGGAUCGGUGCUGCCGGCGAUGCGACUGUGUCUUUCCUACGCAUUUGAUCUGGACGAGGUCGUCGUCAACGCCGAUUCCAAAGUCCACAAUGAUGCCGUGAAACAGGCUGCCAAGGUGCUGGCCGAAGCGUCCGGUAUUAGAACGGAAGGUUUGGCAGAUCCAUCACUGCCCUUUGAAGCGCGAGUCUAUCAAGGCUCCAACUUGACGGUGGAACAGAUCCAUCAGGCACCGUUUGAUCCUACAUUUCAUGUCGCCAAUGGAGGACCCGCGGUGCGCUACGAAUUCUGGUAUGAUCAAAAUCCUUCCCAACCGCAACUGCUGUUUCGUGUCGUCACUUCCUUUGGAACGGCAGCGGAAACCAUUGAUGGCGUCAUGGCCUCCCGAGUGGGUUUCACAGCCAUGGAAAUACUGGAGGGUAACACACCGAAUGCAACUGUCUUUCCAAAGCAUGAACCCUUGCACUUUGGGCUUUCCCAUUGCCUCAGAUUUGUCCGCAUUGUGGGUGGAACUGUUAUACGGAUUUUUUUGGUCAAGAUCUACUUGGCAAUCUUGGCUCAGCUGCAACUGAUGGGGCUCUUCAUCUCCAAAAAAGCAGCAGAAGGAGGCAACUCUGAUGGGCAAGGACUCGUAAACGGCAUGUUGCGUCUCCAUGAAUUCACACAAAACAGCGAUCCUGCCAAUGAUCCCGCCAUGACUGUCGUCUAUCGACCCCAGGGCAUGACGCCGAAGCAAGCCUUUCGUCGAUAUCUAGCCAUUGCCGAACAAUGGCAGCGGGAUAUGCAGCUUUCCACUGGAUUGUAUUAUCUCAUGAACUUUUCGCCCCUCAUUGCCGGUGGAAUCACUCAAAACGCAUCGGAUCUCGCAUCGGUCACGACGCGCUAUGAGAAUGCCUUUAUCCCCACCAGCGCCCCACCGGCGCCGCCCAUAUGGAACGUUCUGAAUCCACUGUUUACCACCACGCUCUUUGUCAGUAACUAUGGAGUCCAUAACCACAACUUUGCAGCACGGCCCACCCAGCAUGUGUGGGACUGGUUGCAUUUAAUGAAUCAUUGUCAUGGGGCUGGCUGCAUCACCAUCAAUGGUGUCUUUGUGGCGUAUUUCCGGGGGUUGGAAUCAGGGCACGACAAGUUGACUGCUACAACAGCAUUUGGGAGUGGUCCAGUCGCAAAGGUGCCGGCCAACUUGCAAUGGUUUCCCACAAUGGGGCUGUGGGAUUCAAAACAGAAGAAUGCAAUAAGCAAUUCACCAGAGACGACCAAGAAGGAUGACUAA